UUUUUAGCAACCAUGGGAGUUGUGGAAGACAUUCCCAAUUUCCGUGAUUGGGUAGACACGUUAUUGAGGACCGCACCAAUGGAUGGUAGGUCUUGGAAGACACUUUCUAACCGUUUUGGUUGGAAAGUAAAAACUCAUGGAUUUGCUAUUCGUGGAGUCACUGCCGAGGCAGUCACGGCUUCCCGUAUCUCUUUGGAAAGGGCUCAAGAAAUAAUCUUGGGUUCUUCUGCAAAAAGAAAAGUCGUUGCUGUUGAGGAACAAGACUCUGAAGAGGAGGAAGAUGGGGGCUCUUUGGUGACAAGGCCACGAGCUCGAAGAUGCAUAAUUUCUGAUGAUGAAGCAGAGGUAUCCCCCCGUCGUUCUGUUCCUUUUACCGAGUCUGCUGAGACUCCGGUAUUGAUUCUUGAUGAUGACGUUGCUCCCGCUGCUGCUCAUGACUCUGUUGAGCAGCUUUUUAUUAGCGGGUUUGUAGUGAAAGCUUAGGCCCUGUUUUAGAUGAAGUACCCUUGGCUUUUUUUUCGACACCCGUGUCUGUAACUCAUUCUUUGUCAGUCUCGAUUGUUUCUGUUCCUCCCCAGACUAUUUUUACCACUUUUUCUGUUCCUCCUUCGACAAUUCCUCCUCCAAACAUUCAUCGCACUGAAGUUGGCUCCUCAAGUAGGAGUGCUGCUAUGAGGCGAGUAGUCAUUGAAGUCCCUGUUGAGGGCAGUCUCUUAAGCAAAUCAGGUCAGGCGGAUGUAUGGCUAGAGCCUUUAAUUGGCCCAAUUGAGAAAGCUAAGCUAGAGAGCCAUAGUUCCUUGACCUUGAUGAACGAUAUUAUGCACGCCACUUUGAAGGCCAACCUUAUCGGCACAAAGAUGAUGAAAAGAGUUGCCUACUCAGAUCAAUUAGUGCGUGAUUCUCAGUUAGAGGCGUGCAAUUGGAGGGAACAGAGUGAGAGCUUGCAAAUUGAUGUGGAGUAUUUAGAGGAGAGUAAGAGUACCUUGGAGCAGCAGGUACGGGCUUUGACUUCGGAGUUGGCGGUUGAAAAGGCUUCCUCAAGCCAAGAAGAUAAAGAAAAAACUCUCCUUGAAACUUCCUUCUCAAAGCAGUUGUCCAAGGCUAGUGAGGAAAUCAGAAAGUUGAAGGCUCUUUUGAGUAAAAAAGAAGCUUACGCUGGGGAGCUCGUACAAAAUUUGACUCAGGAACAAGAAGACCUUCGAGCUUCUUUUGAUAAGGUGCAUGCUUUAGAAAGCUCUCAUGCCUCUCUCCAGACUUCUUACACAUCUGCCUUGGCUGAAAAUGAGAAGUUAAAGAACGUGAUUGCUGACUGGGAAAGGGAUUAUGAGAUCCUUGAAGAUAAAUCUGAUAUUGAAGUAAGUUGGGCGUUUUUGAAUUCACGCCAUGAUACCCUAAUUGAAACUGGCCAAGAAAAUUUCAAUUUGGAAUCUGAGUUGGCUAAAAUCAAUGAAACUAUUGAGAAAGCUCAGUAAACUCAAGGUUUUCCUUCUCUCGUGGCCGAAGCUUCCGUGAAUGUUGAAGUCGAUACGGGUAUCCCAACUAUUUCAAGCCCAGUCAAGCCUAUUGCUACAAGUCAAGCUGAGCCAACUGUUGAUACUCCUGGCCAAGUUGAGCCCGUUGCUGUUGAUGCUCCUGCUUUAGUACCUUCAACUUCUCAGUGACCAGCUUUAGUUGUUUGAAUAUCUUUGUUUUUGUUUUAUUUGGAAACUUGUGAUCAAACCCUUGGUUUCAUUUGGGGGUUUAUUUUGGAUAUGCAAGUCCCCAGACCC